AGAGUUUAUAUUGCUGGUGAUAAUGACAUAGGAGGGGAGUUAAGAGACAUGAGGAAAGAGUGGAAGAUGGACAGAUUUGAAAAACAUUAUGAUCUGCUAACUGGAGUGGAUAAGGUUGGAUUUGUAGAUUUUAUAAAGAUGGAUAUACAAACUCAUGGCAUGCCAUUUGUUCAAAAGAGAGAUUUAGCUGAAGAACUACAGAAGAAAAUCACAUCACCAAUUAGAAUUCUUGUUAGUCAUGAAACUGUCCUGCCAAAAGCAAAAGUAGAACUGUAUCCACUGUUAAGGAGAUUGAAACCACAGCUGAUUUUCUCUGCACAUUGGCAUAAGUCUAUUGUCUUUGUCUGUGAAAACUGCAUGGUGGAUGAUGACUAUACUUGGCCUGUCCACCGUCGCAAUCUGGCAUGGAUGACAGAGUACAUGUCUGUCAAUUUAACUAUCAACCAGAAGGCACUGACGGAGGUGAUGGUGCCUACUUGUAGUUACCGUAUGGGCGAGAAGGAUAUGGGAUAUGGGGUGGCUGUUAUAGAGUCAACAGGAGAGAUGAAGUAUACAGUACUAUGGUCGCCACGACGAUAUACAAUGCUAUAUGCAUACUUAAUAGUGUUUGUGCCACUCCUUCUUGUUCAUAUGUACUUCAAGUUCCUUCCAUAUCUUAUGAAGAAAAUUCAUAAAAGACGGAAAUAGUUUUGUUUCAAUCAUGUUUGAUACACAUUCCAGGAUUAUGCAACAUAAACUCAGGACUGAUCCCAAACAUUUUUUCUCUGCUAACACACAAACACACAAACAUUGUUUUUCUGCCAACACACAAACAUAUUUUGGUCAUCUGACCCGAAGGGGCCGGAUGUCCUAUAGUCAUCAUGCUCGUCGUCGUGUGCCGUCCGCUGUGCGUAAACUGUUCACAUGUCAAACUUCAUCUCAAGUUCCACUGGUGGGAUUUAGCUGAAACUUGCCUGGAUUGAUCCUGAGAUGGUCCUGACCAAGUGUUGUUAUUUUUCAGGUCUGUCAGAAAUCCAAG